AAGUGUCUUUGAAGGAAGGAAUCUCGCCAGUAAUGGAGAAGAAUUUCUGAGCUUGUGUGCAACUACAUGAAUAUUUGGCAUAGCGGAUACAACAGUAAUACAGUCAGACGGGCUCCAUGCCCCCUGCAGUAUUAGAGCUAGUAGUGUGCAUUAUAUAGAGAGAAGUACAGCGCAGCUGGCAUGUCCACGUCUCCAGGUGGACGGUGGUCUGCUUUUGGUCUACGGACACGAUUGAUCAAGUCUAGGCUAUGUCCAGCUUGUGUACCUGGAAAAUAUCUGAUAUAAUGUACAGUGUGCAGGAGGUUCAGCCCCAGACACCAGUCUCAAGAGCUGCAUUCCUCAUUAUACGGCGCUGGACGUAAGCAGAACAUACUGGGAGCUGUGCUUCAUCCACUGAGAAGAAGAAGAUUGUCGCCUACAGUAAGAUGCAGGAAGCCUUAGAGAUGGCCUUUCCGACCAAGCAAGAAGAAGAUGAAAAAGAACAGCCCGCAGAAAUGGAAUAUUUGAACUCACGCUGUGUCCUCUUGACCUACUUUCAUGGAGACAUCGGAGCAGUCGUAGAUGAACAUUUCUCCAGGGCCUUGAGUCAAAUAAGAAAUUUCAAUCCAGAAAACUCAGCCUCAAAGAGCAAAACAGUAACAAAUAGAGAAAGUCUGUCAGUAUCCUGCCAAAGGACUAGUUUACCUCCGUCACUGUGGACAAGCUCCUAUCAAUCAUCACCACCAGCUUGCUUGAGUGGAGCUCAUCCAGACUUUACAGCUACAGCCACUGGCACUUUCUCCAACCCUGACCCUAGCAGCUGGUCUGGAGAUAACGGGCACCAAACUAUCCCCCAUCCUCCACCAGAAUCCUGGCAUUAUCCACCAACCAGUUCUCCAUAUGCACACAUGCAUGAUGUUUACAUGUAUCACCACCAUGCACAUCCACAUAUGCAUCACCACCAUCACCGUCAUCAUCACCACCCUGGCUCUCAUUUAGACCCACGAUAUGGACCUCUACUAAUGCCUUCAAUGCGUACAGCCAGGAUUCCUGCACCGCAAUGUGAUGUAGCUAAAACGGAACCAAGUACAACCACAAUGGCUACAUCAGCUUGGGCUGGGGCAAUCCAUGGCACUGUGGACAUCGUACCAAGUUUUGGCUUUGAGACAGGUAACAGCUUUACAGCCUAAAUUUUCAUGUUUCUAGGCUUGUAAUGAGGAUAGUACAACUGCAAAGGAAGUCAAAGCCAGGAUAUUACUAUUCUUCACUUCUGGGAAAGAACCUGUCUUAAUAGACCUAAAAGGACUUUAUGAUUGUACUUUCUUAUGUGAUACCAAAACUAUUUUCCAUGUAUAUGUUUUGUAUGUCAUGUUUUUUUGCAUUUUGACCAAAGCCUUCUGUGAAUAAUUAAAAAAAUAGACUGGUUUUAUAUUAAAUAUUAAUGAUU